UAAUAAAGGUCAAAUAAAAAAAAUCAGGUGGUGCUGCAGUACCCUCAGCACUAAUACUUCCUGCGUCUAUGUCUGGCAUGCUAUAGCCUAGGUGGGAGUCGUCUGUUGUACUAAGCCUAGGCUACGCAAAGGCACUGCAGGUAAAUGGGCAGAGAGAGAGCAUAGCUACUGAAGCACUGCCGAAGGGUAGAGCAAGAGCAACUCUGCAUUGCUGACUCCUGCCUGUGUGCAUCCGACGUAACUUUUCAGAAGCAACUCCCCUUCUGAUGUGUAGGUUGUGGUCUUUGUCCACAGUUCGGGCUAGUAGCUGGGUUUAUUUUACGCCUGCUACGUUAGUAGCUGGGAGAACCAAACGAGAUGGGCGCGAAGUAGGUGGCUCUCUAGCUAGAUAAGAGUGAAGGUCGGACUUUUUGUACUGCAGUGGCUGUACGUAGCCUUGGUUGUGGUAUGCGGACUAUGUAGCUAGCGAGCUAGCAAGGCUGAACAUUGAAGAAGGAAAACGCUGAGUUAAGUGUAACUGCAUUCUUGCCUGCUGGGAAGUGAAUGUUUGAACUUGCAGUGUGUUUUAUACACGACUGCUACCUGGUUGCUAGCUACAAGCUACAUUGAACAGAGAGAGAGAGAGCGAGUAAAGGAGAAACUUUCCAGCCUGACGCAGAGCAGCAACCAUGCAGUUGACAGAGCUCCUUGCUUCAGGAAGCUUCCUGCUCCUGCUCCUCGUCCGGUGCUCCGACAGCCUUUCCUUGUCCCCGGAAGAGGCUAACCAGUUCUUGAGGAGACACAGGAGAGCGAAUCACGUUUUCGAGGAGACGAAACAAGGGCACCUGGAGCGAGAGUGUGUGGAAGAGAAGUGUAGCAAAGAGGAGGCGAGAGAAGUAUUCGAGAACGACCCUGAAACAGACUACUUCUAUCCAAAGUACUUAGCGUGCAUGGAGAAGUUUGGAGACACGGACAAGAAGAAACAAGACCUGAUCACCUGUGUUCACAAUAUUCCAGACCAGUGCUCUCCGUCUCCCUGUAAUCCUCGAGGUAUGGUGCGCUGUGAGGACAGAAAGGGUGACUUCCUCUGCCACUGCUUCACUGGCUGGACAGGAGUCAGGUGUGAGAAAGAUAUCAACGAAUGCAACAAGAGGAAUGGAGAAUGUCAACAUGAGUGUAACAACACUAUGGGUAGCUACCGCUGCUCCUGUCGCCACGGUUACACGCUGGUUGGACGCCAUAUGUGUAACGAUGUGGAUGAGUGCCAGGACCCAGGUAUGUGUGGGACAGCGAGGUGUGUGAACCAGGAUGGAACCUAUGACUGUCUGUGUGAGACAGGAUACGUUUACGACAACGACACCAAGACCUGCCUAGAUGUGGACGAGUGUGAGCAGGGAGUGUGUGAGGAGGAGUGUGUGAACACACCCGGUAGUUUCCGGUGUUUCUGUGACGGGCGGCAGGGCAAGAAGUUGAGCCACGACCUCAGGAGCUGUCAGGAGAUCACUACAUGUGUGUCUCUCACCAUGAAGAGGAACUCCCGUUCUCUCUACCUGGGCCGGAUGUUCAGUGGUGUCCCCGUGGUCAGGCUACGCUUCCGCAGGAGGGUCCAGACUGGGUUCUCAGCUGAGUUUGACCUCCGUACCUUUGACCCGGAGGGGGUCAUCUUCUUCGCUGGUGGUCACCUGAACAGUUCCUGGAUCGUUCUGGCAAUGCAUCAUGGGAAGCUGGAGCUGCAGCUGAAGUACGGGGCGGUCAGCCGGGUCACCAGCAGCGGGCCAGUCGCCAACGACGGACAGUGGAGAAAGAUCUCAGUGGAGGAGCAGGGGCGGAGUCUGGUGAUAAAGAUUGACAGGGAGGCAGUGAUGAAGAUUGCUGUGAACGGAGAUCUGUUCACCCUGAAGAAAGGCAUGCAUGAACUCAACCUGACUGUAGGGGGCGUCCCUUUCAGAGAGGACAGUCUCAUCAACCAGGUGAACCCGAGGUUUGAUGGAUGUAUGCGUGAGUGGCGCUGGUUAACAGGAGAGGAUACGUCCAUUCAGGAGACCAUCAGGUCUAAUGACAACAUGCAGUGUUUCAGUACGGAAAACCCCGGAACCUAUUACCCCGGGACAGGCUUCGCUCUGUUCAACAUCACAUACGCAGAGCCCCAGUCUCUGAGGAUCCAGCUGACUCUGAGACCAGCCUCCACUGUUGGGGUUCUAUUGGCACUCGUUUAUCAGGACAGCGUCCCUCUCUCCAUCUCUCUCUCCGACUACCACCGAGACAACCAGGAGUGGCGGGAGUAUGUCCUGGUCUCUGUGGGUGAUGUGAUCGUGGCCAGCGCGCCGGCCUUCCUGUGUGAUGCAGAGGUUCAUGAGGUCAAUGUGACGGUCAGCGGGAACCUGACCAUACUAGAGGUGGACGGUCAGCCUGGACAGAGUCACGCCACACUUGGACAGGAGACCGUUGACCUCAGCCUGCCUUCCAGCACCUUUAUAGGAGGGCUCCCUGACGUGCCCCUGGUGUCGACCCCGGUGUCGUCCUUCUACCGCGGCUGCAUGGAGGUGACGGUCAACGGUCUGGCUCUGGACCUGGACGAGGCCUUCCACAAACACAACGACAUCCGCUCCCACUCCUGCCCUCUGCUGGGGGGGGCCUUGUGACCGCUGCAGUCCCCCUCAGCCCCGUCCUCACUGGAGUAGGGCGAAGUUGACCCUAGACACUGCUCUUGGGUCAGUUUCACAUUUUCCCCACAAAUGGUUAAGGUUAGGAUUAGGGGGAGGGGAAGCUGAUCCUAGAUCAGUACCAAGGGGAAACUUCACCCCGUCCUAGGUCCACUACAGUCCACUAUAACCCACAGGGCCUUAACCGUCCUAGGUCCACUACAGUCCACUAUAACCCACAGGGCCUUAACCGUCCUAGGUCCACUACAGUCCACUAUAACCCACAGGGCCUUAACCGAAACCAAGGUAUGAGUCCCAAAUGGCACCCUAUUCCCUAUAUGACCCCUGUGGGUUCUGGUCAAAACUAGUGCACUAUUUAGGGAAAAGGGUGCCAUUUGGGAUGCAGACAGGAGCUGGCCAAGUGGCCAACCCUUCUACUGGACUACCUUUCUGCUUUCAUCAUGAUCACAUUUAGGAACAGCACUCUCACAUCUGAGGUUGCAGGUGUGUAGGAAAUUCUGUGAUAUCUUGAAAACCCAAAUCCAAAAUCUCACACUGCUCUUGCCAGUAUCUUUUAGUCUAUUAAGCUUAUGUAUCGGCCCCACGGCCUUCGUCAGAGCUAAUGGUGAUCAAACUUGAUCCAUAAGUGGAAUAGCUGACAGUACUCCAGAAGAGGUUUGGUAAACUGACUGAAUCCCUUGUGGAACAAAACCUAUAAGGUGUGGGGGGGUAUUCAGUAGGCACAAGGCUUUGUUGUUGUAAACCUUGCACACCAUCGCAGGUAAAAAUGGACUGAGUUUAUUAAAAACAUCUGUUCGGUGCUCUCCAACUUGAUGCAAACUUAGUCUACCUGCAAUUUAGCUCUGCACACUGCCUACAGAUUACAACAUAGGGCUAGGUCUUCUCUUAAUAUGACCCCAUUAAAACCCCCAAACCCUCCCAAACCACGCUUCUACUCCUCUACACAGUUACAUCCACCUCCCCCACUCAGCCAUUGGAACACUCCAUACUGUCACCCUUUCACACACCCCUCCCUCCUUCCCUCAGUAUCACCAAUCGGCACACGCCAGGAACACACUUUAAGCCAAUCAGAAGAGGCUAAUUAACAUACAGUAACCAAUCAGAUACAGAUACACAGGGGGAGGGCACCAAGAGCACUGCAUCACGACACUAUGAGCUACUGAGAGAAUAGGAGUGGAAGCGCUGUAAUAUACUGUAUGUGUAAAUAAUGUGACUGUACAAUGCUUUUUAGAAAAAAAACAAAUACAAAUAAAAAUAACUACCGUAACGCAUCGAGAUAAUCAUCCAAAACAGUUUCACUUCUCCAAAGAAUGUCAGAAGAAAAUAAUCUUUCAUUAUUUCAUGAGGCCAAAAAGGGCUCCAGUAUUUCCUCUUCCUCUGUUAUCUAGAGUUUCUGCUGAAUUUCGGAAUGUAGCGGUCGAUGGAUAUUUCUUCUCUUCUGUGUUGUGUGUUUAUUAUAAUGUAGGUUUUGUUUUGGCUGUUGAUUUGUCGCAGCAGGUUCACCUGUCUUUCAGGCUUUACAUCCCUGAUCACAUCAAUUCAGUCUGUUUGAAACUUAAUAAAGAGGAUGGAGUUUUAAAA